AUACAUGUGUAGGCAUGCACAUGUUUUAGACAGUAUUUAAAAAACCUAAUGUUACGAAACUAUCAAAUUCAUCCGAACCCCACUCAAACAGUAGUUAAAGGUUUAUUAAAUUAUUUUUCUGUCAUUUGUAAAAGUGUUAAGAUGGUGAUCACAGUGCAAAACGUUAUUACCAACGUUAAGCUAAUUAAAGCGAUAAAUACAGAAGUCGAGUGGAAAAUCGAGAAUUAUGAUGCAAAUCGAAAGUUCACUGAAGAUCUAGAGUUACCUUGUGGUGUCGCAAUUCAUUUAGAAAUCCGAGGAAGCCAAUACAAUUUUGUGAAAAGAUCUCUCUUCAUUCAACCAUUUUAUAAGAUAUCAUUUGGAGAAUCUGAAGUUGAAGCGCUUAAAAUUAGUUUUAAAGAAGCGAAAUCAAACGCUUUUUGCGAAAUUGGAUUCGUUUCACCAUCUGAUGAAGUGAAAUGUGCUGGAGAAGAAUUUUUGAACCAUAAAGAUCUUAAAAGUUGCCUUGAAGAUGGAAAUUUAACGAUCAUUGUUCAAGUGGUUGGUCUCUCUAAAUGUUCUUCAUCAGAACUUGAAACAAGUUUAGAGAAUCUUCUAAAAGGCAAUAAACUUAUUGAAGAUUUGAAUGAAUUUGUUGGUCAAAAUCAGAUUUCUGACUUCACAUGUCACGUUGAUGACUUCGACUUUCCAAUUCACAAGAUGAUGUUGGCGGCGAGAAGUCCAGUGUUUUAUAAAAUAUUUACUGAAGACUUUAAACAUAAAAAGAGAGGAAACAUAAACGACAUUUCGAAAGAAGCUUUUGAGGCUUUUCUGCAUUUCAUAUACACUGGAAGAAUUAACAGAUUUGAUGAACAUGCAGAAGAACUUUGGAAGAUGGCAAACAAAUAUGAAGUUAGUGAUCUUAGAACAGCAUGUGAAUUAUAUUUUCUUCAGAAUUCAAAAGCAAAAGUGGAAGCUUCAUCAAACGAAACAAAUCAUCAAUUUGGAGAAUAUUUACCAAUCGAUGAACCUGACACUAAGGAAGAUUCCAAUCAUGUUGAUGAUACUUUUCCACUAAAAACAAAUCAAAACGAAUAUUUCAAGAACGGAAAUGAUAAAACAAAACUGUUGAAGAAAACUAAGAAAGUCAAAAUUAGAACCCAGAAAAUUGAAAUGAAAAAAUUAAAAACAGUAAACAAGCAGGAAUUUGGUUUUUUUGAAGAAAUGUUUCUGUCAAUCCUCACAUGUUUCUUUUAAUGGUUUAUGAAAUGACACAAUUUAUUGUUAUGAGAUAAUGAAAAUUUAGAAACUCAUUAAAUUUAAUUAUUGAAAAAUUAUUCUUCGAUUUUGAUUAAAGUUUCGAGUAGCUCAAGAUUUGCUGCGAAAUGUUUCUCUUCAAAAUUUUUCAUGGUCUCAAUAUGUUUUGCACGUUCUUCGGCCCAACGUGAGCGAUGAAAGUCUAAAAGUUUUUCUUUUGUCCAAAUUUCUGAGUCAAUUGCCUUGUCAAGAUCUUUUAUAUCCACUUUUGACUCUUUUCGUGGAAUUACAGGUUUUGUUGAUUUACGAAUACGUAUUUUGGGCAUUUCAACAACAUCACCUUCCUCUACAGUUUGAAUGUUAAGAGUGUCUGGUGAAAAUUCAUGUUUAAUGGGAAGUGCACUCCGUGGCUGAUUUUCCAUCCAAGCGCGACACAAUGGAUAAAGCGGCGAGUCUUCAGAAAAUCUGGCCAGAUUAACACUUCGAUCAAAAAGCUUCAUAAUGUAUGAUGGUUGUGCUACUGGCUUAAUAGGUUUCACUAAUUUUUGCUCUUUAAUAACUGGAGAAUCUUCCUUUUCAGCUUUAACUGAUUUUUUUCUUCGAACUUCUGUCUCUGAUUCUUCAGACGACUCUUGUUGUUCUUUUUCCUUCUCCUGUUCAGUUUCCACCUUUUCCAAUGCUUUAUUAAGCUUAGAACGAGCUUCAGUUUUAGAUUUGCUUUCUUCAUGUUCUUGUUUUACUGCCGCACUUCGGCCUUAAUAAAUCACUUCUCGUUGACAUUUUAAAGUUUGCUUACGAUUAAUUUAACUCUUUUAAUUGUAGAUUGACUUUUCUAAACACAAUUUUCCAAGAAUUUUCUUUA